AUGACGAGGGCCAACAGUUUGGAAGGAUUUCAGCUGCAAUCAAGCGUCAAAGCCUGCCUGGAUGAGCGGUGCACAGCCACCGCUAAUAAUCAUCAAUUAUCAUCAUCACCAUCAUCGCCGAGCUCAGCGACAGCGGACCGCGUGGAUGUGGACGGCUCCGGGACACUCCCGGGAACCGACGGCAUCCGGUUGCGGGAAACCGAGGAAGCACAAUUAGUAGACAAUAAAAUCCACGACAAACUGCAGCGGCGUGGUGCUCGCGAGCCACUGAAUUCUGCCGCAGCCCCCGAAGCCGAUGCGUUCCCGGUGCGCCAAAAGCGGGAGGACAUUUUUAGCGAUAAUGUUCUUACAAAUAAUUAUAACCUUAAUGGUGCCCCGGAGCUGCGGUGGGAAGGUGGGUCUAGUGCGGUGGUACAGCCAAGGAUAACGGAGGAGAUGCUACUCGUGAGCAACCUAACCGAGGACCGGAUGCGCGAGGAGACCGAUCUGCUGGCACAUCUGAAUCGCGAUCGGUUCCACGGAAGCCAAAUUCGGCUCGACAACGGCGAUGAAAACGGGGCGGCUUCGAAGCGCGCUACCAAAAAGGGUCGCCGACGAAAAGGCCACAAAAAGCACAAGAAACACAAGAAGCUAAAGCUGCUGCCGGUGACGCUCGUAGGCGUGCCGGUGGACGCAAAUGGACAACCGGAUGUCGGUGUGGUCGAGGCUGCAUCGUGGCCAGCAACCGCCGAAGGAACUCCACAAGGCGCAACCGAUCAAGUCCAGCUGGAUGGUGUAGUCGAGAUGGUGGACGUCUGGAAGGAAACGACAAUGCCACCGGUUUCCGUCGCCGGGAAGCGUAAAGCGGCCAGUUCCGGUAGCUAUCCACCGCCACCCGUCCUCGUCGGUGAUGGACAUUUGGUGUUUGGCGGUGUGGCCAACGGUGGUGAACCGGAAGGGACCACACAACGCGACCCACUCUGGUUCCGGGAGCAACGGAAGCGCGAACAGCAACAGCGGAAGCAAUUACAGCAAGCAAUGACCACCCCCAGGAAAAGCUCGGCCGCUGCCGUUCCGCCACCACCAGAGGGCGUAACGGUGUCAAGCGCCAGCACGGCAUCCUUCCCAGCCGAAGGCCGCAAUGGUACGGAGACGGUUUCAGUGGCUCGCAUCAUCAUCGCGGGCGAUCUUUCCUGCAUGACGGACGACUUCAUCCCGGCACCGGCGAUCGCGAAUGCCGACAUCAAAUAUUUGCGAAACGAUCUGUACGGUUUGGAGAACUCGUUCCUCGAGGCGGAGUACCACUGCCGGAUGGGGUAUCGCGUGCGGACGAAGGACUCCCGGCCCAUCACCUCGACCGGUGCCAUCGCGAACGCCAAUCUCGUCUGCCGGAAGUCGCGUUGGAUCGGCAAGAGACCGGCUUGCGUGCGGAUUAGGCCCCCCGUCCAGUGGCCAUCGUCCACCGUUUGGCCAGCCAGCAUGGAUCGAGAAGGAGACCCACCCAAUGGGAGUCCUUGCGGGAAGGAGCACCGAUGCCCGCAGGCUUGCCACCGGGUGGGCUCGAAUCGCACCACAGUCUGCUCCUGCUACAAAGGCUUCAAAAUGGUCAACCACCGGUGUGUAGACAUCAACGAGUGCACCGAGUACGGCGAGGACGUGUGCGAGUACGGCUGCUCCAACACGAUCGGCUCGUUUACAUGCAAAUGCCCGAGAGGAUUGCGAGUUACAGACAAUAAUAAAUGCAUGGACGUCAACGAGUGCCUGCUGCGGAACGGACACGGUCCGUGCCAGGACACGUGCAUCAACACGUGGAGCAGCUACAGGUGCACGUGUGACGGACUGCCGGGAACGCGGCUCGCCUCGGACGGGCACACCUGCGAGGACAUCGACGAGUGUACGGUCGGGAAUGGAGGAUGCUCGCACACCUGCCUCAACACGCUUGGGCGCGCGUUUUGCGUAUGUCCCGAAGGCUACAUGCUGGAUGAGGAUUGGAAGACGUGCGUGGAUGUGGAUGAGUGCGCCAACCAGCGGUCGAUCGCCACCGAACACCGAUGCCAUGGUCGGUGCAUCAACACGGUCGGUUCGUACCGGUGCGAGGUCGAGGACGAUGAUGCAUCGGUAGAUGGCAAGGAUGGUCGACUAGGAGGUGUACCAUCGAAGGACGAUGAAGGCGAGGAGACAGACCUACGCGAACCCGAUUACGACACGCUCUGCCCAACAGGGUACCAUUUCAAUACGACGAUGGGUGACUGCCAAGACACGAACGAGUGUGGUGCGUCGAACGGUGGAUGUCAGCAACACUGUAUCAACAGCGACGGAAGCUACUAUUGCUCGUGCAAGUACGGAUUCAAGCUCGACACCGACAAACGCUCCUGUCUGGUGCUGAACGACUCGCUGAAGCUGGCAGACAUCGCCUGCCCACCGUUAUUUCCGCCCCGACACGGAUACCUCGAAUGCAGCAGACCGAUCGACGAGAUUGCGGACGGCCCGACCGGUGGUAGCCUCAAAAUCACGAACCGCCCCGGCAGCCAGUGCAUCCUGAAGUGCCCAACAGGCUACCGGCUCGAGGGCCGGUUCUCGAAGAUCUGCGGCACCACCGGUGAAUGGAUUGGCGAUGAAAACGGCACCUGCAUACGAUACCCUCAGCCAAGGUUAAACUGCCCAUCGGCCGUCAACGUAGAGUUGCAUCCGAACGACACCGAAAGCACGACGGUGAAACUGCGACGACCAGACACGGACGUUAGCUGGGAGCGGGAUGUCCUAGUUGACCCGUACUGGGCUAAAAAGGACAGCUUUCUGUUGCCGCUGGGCAGCCUCAACGUAACCUACUCGGCCCGUCACCCAGUGUCCAAGCUGCACACGGAGUGUAGCUUCCUCGUCAACGUUCUGCCCGGUUCACCACCGCGAGUUGACUUCUGUCCAGAUACGCAGGUGUACACGAUCGAGGGUCGGCAUCAGAGCGUGAAGGCAACCUGGGAAGAGCCUGUCUUCUCUGACAACGUCGGUGUGGUCACGAUCACGAAGUCGAACAGCCCCGGUACAGACUUCGGAGCGGGCAACCAUCUGAUCUCGUACGAGGCUCACGACGACGCAGAAUGGAAGAGCAAAUGCGUCUUCAAAAUCGUCGUCAACGUGGGUUCAUCCGCGCAGCAGCAGCAACAGCAACAACAGCAGACGAAUACGAGUGGCCACACGCACUUCCAGCUGCCGAUACUGUACAAUCGGUUCUACUUCUAAGCUGGACCAACUGCAGCUGGCAUCAUUGUACAGAAUCCAUCCCCCGUGGGGUCUUGAUUGAGGCUGGAUAGGAGAGAAAUGAAGAUAAGAAACAGACGGUGCGUCCAGCGGUAAUCCGGAGAGGCAGAAGAAGCAAAGGGUCUCCGCUGGUGGUUUGUAUCCUCGUCCUGGUUGUCGUUGGGAUGCAGAGGGCAUGGGAGCUCGAAACGAGCCUAUACACAAACACUUAUAUCAACCCGUACAUAUACAGAGAUGCAGACGCAUCUCGUUAGGCGAUAGGAAGCGAACAGGGCGUAGCGUGUAGCUGCUGGCGUAGAGUCCUUCAAUCAAAAGCGGUCACGGUAAAAAAAAAGGUCGGGGAAAGGCCAGCGCCGUUGACAGAACGGCGGUGUGCGCGUGUAAAUAGCCAUCAUUUUCGCUAGAUGCAGCUACUAUCGCCAUAUGAACCGAGAGAAACCCGAGUGACAAGUGGCAGGAUGAGUUGGAUCCUUACGAUUCGACUCUUCCAAGGACGUUCCCGUUCGUUGCGUAGGGCUGGCUGCUUUGCAAAUGCUGAACCAAUAAUAGACCUCCCACCCGCCCAACCCCACACUCAACCACCUUUCUCCUGACUCCACCCACCACCGCCCACGCCGUAGAGCCAACCGCCGGCUGUUUGAGCCCCGGGUUUUUUGCAGGCCGUAGGGGCGCUUAGUUCGCUUUAGUUUUUGCGUGGUUUUUAGCUGUAACGACGUGCGGCGCUCGACGAUUCUCGACGGUGUCCGGUGGGAGAAGACCGAGAGGUCCUGAAGCGCCGCAUCAAACCCCCCCCCCUCCUCCCCAAUAAAAAAGAAGAAGAAGAAAAAAGAUUAUCACCGAUGGUAGCAGUGGAAAAACAGUGUGUAUAAAAAAGCCGUUUUGGGUGAGGUGGAAUUUCAACAACCAUUCAAUAAAGUGGAAGUAAUUUCAGAGAAAA